AUGGCUCAAACUCCAACUUUCUACGCCAGCUACACGGGUAAUUCACCCAACAUAGUGACAACGCUUGCUCCCGCUGUACCUGCACCACACACCAAAUUCGUGAUCCAAAUUGCACAGACUGCAGAGUCUGAUCACGGUGACGAUUUGAGCUACCUUGGGACUGUCAUGACAGCCGAUCUCACUGACCAAUUUUGGACCGUCGAUGACUUGAGAAACAACGACGAGGUUAAGGCAGACACUUUCCACGGCGCCAAGAAUUGGGUCUUUGUACCCAUAUAA